CAAAGAAGUAGAAAAAAGAGGAGGAGGAAGAAGGAAUAUUGAGUGGGUUGGCUUCUCUCUCUCUCUCCCUCGCUUUCUUUGCUUCACAAAGCAGUUCUAGUAGUGGUGUUGUGUUCUAGUACCUGCAGAGGGGUAGAUGGCUGUGGAGGUGGAAGAUGAUGUCUUCUUUGCGGACCUAAGCAAGCAGAUUGCCCUGCUGAUCAUGGAUGAUGAGGAAGAAUUCCCAGUGCAGUGCCCACAGCUUCCUACUCAGGAUUUACCUUACAUGCCCCAAGUCAUGAUGCCGCCAGCAUAUGGAUAUGAGUUGUUGGCCUACAGAAGGGAGAGCAAAGGAACUGGAGUCUUUAUCCCACGUUCUGCUGCACCGAGAAGGAAGAACAACAACAGGUCAAGGAGAUCCACUGCAGCUGACAGCAACACCCACAGGCAGCUGAACAAAUCUGCAGCUGUGGCUUCUCAAGUCACCAAUAAAUGCAGCAGUAACUCAAGUGUGCCAAAGAGGCAGUCCCAGGAGUACCAGAUGAUCUCUGGCUCAUACUAACUUGCAGCCUGGUCCUGAUGAAUUGUUUAUGGUACUCUGUAAAGGAAAAGCAUACUUUUUCCAUCUGGUGAUGUACUGGUGAUGUGGGCUUGAAAUAAGAUUCCAGCCUCUUCAGUGAAUUGUAUAGUUCCUGUAACUGGUGAAGAGUGGCUUGGAGUGGAGCAAGUGCUCAUUGAGUGUUGUAUUAAUUGGAGAAGGUAAAGAAUGGGAGUGAUCAUGCCAUUAGGA